UCCGAAGUCGGCAAAGUGGCUACAAAGAGAAAUUUUAAACAUGGCCGCUACGCUACGAAAGGCUAUGAUGUUUUUGGCCGAUUGAUGUGGUGUUUGGUCUGUCAUAGUUCAUUUACCGGCGAUGAGAAAAAUGUAGUACUUCCUAUCACACGAAGGUAUCUCGUCACGUUAAUUUUAAGAUAAGUAAGAUAGGGGUCAAUCAGUUAUAACAGUAUCGAUUUAAAACAUGUUAGUUUUAUAGCAUAUUAAUUCGUUCAUUGUCUCUGGAGCAACUGGUGCUAGCCAAAGCACGGAUCCACUCUGGUUGUGAGUUGUGACCUUUGGAUGUCGGGGAGCACAUGAGUUGACAGCUAGCUGUGACUUACCCACAACUGGAUGCUGGAAGAAUAAGCGUCGACAUCAAAAUGGCUCAACUCAGAAAAUGGAUCUUGCUUCUCUUACCACUGGCUUGCCAUUCUCUGAGAGGUCCAGCAAGUGUGAAGCUGCUAAACACCACAGAAUCUCAAAUCAACAUUGAGUGGUUGCCAGUGGCAGGAGCUACUCAGUACAAAGUAAGAGCAAGAGCUCUGAAGACAUACGCCGUGCAUUCAAGUGAUCCCUUUGAGUGGAAAUACACAGACACGACGCACGCACAACUCCUUGGAUUGACUGUUGCUUCUCUCUACAAUAUAAGUGUCUGGGCGGAUACAAAGCAGGGCCCUACAGAUGCCACUUCUAUCAUGGCUUGGACACAAGUUGGAGAUCCUGACGCUCCAGAGCAGGUGGAAGUAAUUUCUCGAAAUGGUCCAACUAUGCUGAUUCAACUUCACUCGGGCACAAGUAGCAGGGGACCAAUCACGGGCUAUCGAGUAGUAGCCUUCGAGAAGAGCAGCUUGAUGACAUUCAGCGAGGAUCGCCUAAUGGGACACGCCGAUGCUGCGGAGGCCGGCAUCCCGUUCUACCUGGCUGCUGAACUGGGCACAGAAUGGGCAAACCGCACGUUCACCCUGGGGGAUGGUCGCACCUAUGGGGGGGCCAUCAAUGCUCCCUUGAAUGGAGAGGAAGAAUACAUUCCUAUUCAAGGGGUUGCUAGUUUUUUAAAUGGGAUUACAAAGUAUGCCUACUCCCCAGUCAGAUCGGAUGCAGGAGCUGAGGAGCAACUCAUGUUAGGGGAGGAACCUGAAGCAAGACACGACACGAGCAGUGCAGCAGCGUUCCUGCUGUCUGUGGCCAUUGGCAUCCUCGGGUUCCUCCUCUUUGUGUCACUGGUGGUUUACGUCUUGCUGCGUCGUCACUACAGUCGCAAGAAGCGUCGCUCCGAGGAAAUGAUUCUUCAAGUUCACUGCCCUCCUGAACUGGCAAGUUCUAGCUUCAGAUCUCUCCGAAACAACUAGGAGGAAAACGUCUCGGGAACGCUGCAUUUAGCGGAGGGAGCUGACCUGGGAGCAUUCUAUGGCCAGCUCUGCGGUCUCUUCCGUCAGAUUCCCAGGCCCCAGCUGCUGGUGCGAGAUGCUACUCUCGGACAGGGACAAUUUGGAUCAGUCCGAGUGGGUGUGGCACACGGAAAAGAGAUGCCCGUCAGCGUACAGAGGUGUCCUGCUCAGUGGAUGUUGGCCGAUCGUGAAAGGAGGUCUCUCUUGGCCGAGAUUGAAGGAAUGGUGCGUCUUGGCUUACAUCCUAAUGUGGUAGAGUUUGUCGGUGGAUGCGAAGAUGGUGACAUUCUGCAUCUGGUUGUUGAACACCCCGUGACUUCCCUGCGUGGUCUUCUGCUGACAAGCAGACACGGUGCAGAGGGACGCGUCUGCUCUUUCGAGGAGUCUCGCCUCCUAGACUUGGCUAUUGGAGUGGCUCGUGGCAUGGAACAUUUGUCUCGGAGAGGGGUACACCAUGGGCAGCUGUCUACGAGGAGUGUCACCGUCGUUGAUAGUUUUGUUCCCAAGGUCACAAACUUUGGUCUAGCGAGGUACACGCCUCUGGGGAAGAAGCUCAAUUUUGCGAGAUGGCUACCACCCGAAUGUACUAGAUCCAGUCGACACACCACGAAAACGGAUGUCUGGUCCUUCGGAGUCCUGCUCUGGGAAAUCUUUACUCUAGGUGGGACACCGUAUGUAGACAUCAGAACGACCGAAGUACCUCCAAGGGUGGCAAAGGGACUGAGGCUUAGCCAACCCAGGGGUGUUAGUGAGAGCAUGUUCGAGGUUAUGCUACAGUGUUGGCAGACAGACGCAGAUGAGCGGCCCAGGUUUGACACUCUGGGAGAAUCGCUUCAAACUUUGGCUUCAACGGAGAACCCCGUCAAAUUCGUUCACGUGCCCGGCUACACCUACGAAAGGUUCGACCCCCUGGGUGACGAAAUGUAAAGAGAGGGUAUAUUUUUUUACAUUUGCGACUUUACUGCCACCACAUUUUAUAUCUCCUUAGUGAGCUUUAAGAGAUGUAUAUAUGCAGAGAACUAGUAGGUGCUUUAUACUUGCACUACAAGAAACCAAUGUGUGCAAUCAGAGGAGGACACACAGGCAUCUGCUGCGUGUUCAGUGGUUGUCUUCCCACCUUUUGGGUUUUUUAUUAUACCAUCCCAACAUUCACUUGCAUGUGGCUACGGCAGAUUCUGUCAAAGUGUGCAGUUUGACCUGUCAGCAUUGUUUCAUCCAGGUUAUAUUAGGCUGGCAUUACAGCAGCAGUCUGAACAACAACAAAAAGUGAGGCACAUGAUGUUCAGAAUGACGACGUAUAAUAUUUAAAUAAGAUUUCCAACCAAUUACUUAUUAUUGGGCUUUAUAGUGUAGCUUUUUCACAACCGUGACGUCACUGUUAGCAGUCUUCCAGAUGUACAAAACGCUGGAAUCGCUGAUGAAAAACUUACUACGUAAGCUACAGCAAAUACGAAAUUUGUCUAUGGACUGUCCCUUUAAAUGCCAUCUUUUAGAUAUUUGUAGCUUUAUUGUUGCUUAUGUGCUCUCCUGUGCUGACAUUUUUAUUCUACAUUUUUAUGACUAUGUUAUCUCAACUAUCAUUAAAUGUGCCACAUGCCAACAGACAUGCGACUGGACUAAGCUGCUGCAUUGAAAGCUUUCAGUUUGUGCAUCAUUGUGUGUCUGUCAAGUCCCUGUGCUCCUAGAGUGUUUUCUGGGAACAAUUUUAGUAUGUUCUUAAUUCAGCCCAAUGCCAUGGACAUUUAAAAUUGUAUUGUGUCGCACUUGCAAAAAGAAUCUAAUUUCUUUCAUACCAUAUGCUCAUGUUUUAUACUUUUAUACUGUGUCUUCAGAGUAUGCAUUUACGAGAGACGAUUCUUGUCUUCCCACUUUUCCUUUAUCAGUGUUUUCCAAGUACUUUUGCCGAACAAAGUGUUUCGUAGCAUUUUUCAUAUUCUAUACACAGCGUUUUGCUUCAGGACCUUUCCUCUUACCUUUUAUACACUUAGCCUGGUGAUAGCAUAUGAUAAGGGCCAUCUUUUUUUUAUCAUUAUCAAGAUACACACGUUGUGUUGUGGUGAAUAAAAACUUUUACGUGAUGCA